CCCCAGACUCCCCGCGUGUGCUUUGCGAUUUCCGGACAUGCACGCCCCAAAUGUAUCCCGGAGCAAUAUUGAUCUAGACUAUAGCACGCGGUACAGGGGGCGAUAACCGGGACGUCUUAUCACACCAAGCUUGUCGAGGGAGAAAGCAUCAAGCGGACUUGCGAAAAAGUAUUUCAAAGGUCGUGUGCCCCCCUCGACUCGACUGCCUUUCAUUCAAUCUUCUCUUCAGCCUCUUUCAGACUUUGAGACCGUCUUCUUCCGUCGCUUCUUUCUAUCAUAUACUUCCUUCGUCAUGGACAACAUUGAGAAGGCCUCCAACACGGAGACUACUACCACGCAUCCUAUCAAAGAUGUUGGUGGCAGGCAGGCAGAUCAAGCAGCCCUCUUCCUUGCGGAGGCAGGUACUGAAAUUGUUCUUACUGCAGCUCAGGAGAAGAGACUCAAACGGAAGAUCGACUGGAUCUUGCUUCCCAUGCUCUUCUUGACUGCUACACUCGGUGCCGUCGACAAAGUCGCCUUGAGCACAGCAGCCAUCUACGGACUUCGUACGGACACCCACCUUGUUGGCCAGCAGUACUCAUGGCUCGGCUCGAUUUUGAGCUUGGGUGCGUUGGUCGGCAUGUUUCCAUCCUCGGCCUUGUUGCAUAAACUCCCAUCCGCCAAGUAUCUCUGUACCUGCUCAAUGGGCUGGUCUGCCAUGGCUCUCUUCAUGCCGGCUUGCAAGAAUUGGAGCAGUAUGAUGGCCGUCCGUUUCAUAAUGGGCAUGUUCGAAGCCAUCAUCGUCCCCGGUAUCUCUUUGUUGAUUGCGGGCUGGUACAAGAAAGAUGAACAACCUCCCAGAAACGCACUGGUGUUUGCCGCCGCCAGCUCCGUAGUCAACGGUUUCCUCUCUUGGGUCAUCGGUCACAUUCCCGACAGUGCCCCGUUGGCUAAGUGGCAGUACCUCUACCUCCUCAUCGGAUCUAUCUCAAUGCUCUGGUCUAUCUUUGUCUUCGUCUACCUCCCAGCGACUCCAAUGGAAGCCAAGUUCUUGAACAGGGACGAGAAGGUUUUCUGGGUCCAGAGACUUGCCGGAAAUAAGACUGGUAUUGAGAACAAGGUCUGGAAAUGGGACCAAGCCCUCGAGGCCGUCAUCGACCCAAAGACCUGGCUUAUUUUCUUCUUCAACAUCGCCAUCAAUAUCCCUAAUGGCGGCUUGACCACUUUCAGCGGUAUCAUCAUUUCAAACCUUGGUUUCACCCCGGUCAAUGCAUCCUUGCUGUCCAUGCCCACUGGAGUCAUGUCUACGCUCUCAUCUUUCGUCUUCUCAAUGCUGGCAGCGAAGUUGAACAAUCGCCGAUGCCUGGUUAACAUUGUUGCUUGCUGCGUACCAAUUAUCGGCACUGGCAUUCUCUAUGGUGUCCCUCGCAGCGCCGUGGGUGCCCAACUCGUCGGCUUGUACCUGGUAUACACCUACUUUGGACCCUAUGCUGUCGGUAUCUCCCUUGCGCAAGCCAACACUUCAGGUCACACAAAGAAGAACGUAUCUUUUGCCGUCCUAUACAUCGGAUACGCUGUUGGGAACUUAAUAGGUCCCCAGACAUUCCGCCAAAGUCAAGCGCCAGGGUAUACUGGCGGUGUCGUGGCGAUGCUGGUCUGCUACUGUGUCUGCAUCGCGUUGAUGAUUGCAUACUGGCUCUAUUGCCUGACUCUCAAUAGGAAGAGGGUUGCCUUGGAGCAGACGUCCAGCGAAGAGGAUCUGGUGGAAGUCUUCCAGGACAUUACCGACUUCAAGAAGGAGAAUUUCAAGUAUACUACUUAGGCAAUCUACCGGCGGGAAAAGUGACUCGAGUUGACAGUCUCGUGUCAACCCCUGUCAAUAGCAAACUAGAUAGCUGGCAUGAAGAAGGUUGGGGGUUCUGAGGGUAUCAAGGCAUUAAUUAUCUUUGUAGGACCGAAAUGGCCAGAUAUCCACCAGUAAUCGAG